CGGGUUUCUCAUUUCCUGAGAGGAAACACUUUAUGUCUGACUGAAACCAACGCUUUGAAGCAGACCCUGUUCAGCUUCACCAACAGGAUGAGAAGAAGGGGGAAACAGUGAGUUACACCUUGAAGCAAGUAUCACAUCACAUCUCCCAGUCUGACAGCUUUGAGAACCCUAAUGACCCACUAAAUGGAGAGAAAUAAGAAAACCCUUCUGCCUCAAACUCUGCUGCUCACUCUGCAUCUGGUCUGUGCCUUCAGAACGGAGGGCUGUCCCCGCCAACAUGACAAUCUCACCUGCUACAAUGACUUCAAUCGUACCAUCACUUGUGUGUGGAACAGCACAGAUGUGUCUGACCUCGCAGGCACCAUGUGCACAAUACACGCCGAAAUGGUGUUUAAUGGAGAGAGAAGAAAAUACAGCAGUUCCUGUGACCUGGAGCCCAUUGACGUCUCCACACCAGCACUGAAGAAAUGCUCCCUGGUCUUCAAUAGAGAUCGCAGAUUUCAGUCCUUCCAUGUGUUGUCCUUUAAUCUGAGCUGUAACCCUGCGGGGCCAGGUUUGAACAUGGACUACAAGCCAUCUUGUCACAUAAAGCUGAAUCCUCCAGAAAAACCAGAAAUCAACUUUACCACCAUUUCCUGGAUACCCAUAGUUACCAGGAAUACAUUUUUUGAAUCUUUCACUUCCCAACUGCAGUGGAAACGAGAGGAUCAGCCAUGGAGUGAUGCUAUCGAAAUGGAUCAGCAAUGUAAUAAGGAAUGCAAGGCUGAGCUAGACGAAGACGAGCUGAUCGAAGGGGAGACGUAUGAGGCACGUGUUAGAGUGCAUCCCGCUGACAAACGCUUUAAAUCAACCUGGAGUGACUGGAGCCCCACUGCAUCAUGGGUUUCACCCACAGGCAAAACCAAACCACAACCACCAGAUGUUUUCUGGAAUGGCUUGGGUAUGACUGUCAUAGGUGCAGCAGCAUUCACCUUGUUUCUGGCCAUCGUACUUUUUAAGACUGACAGAACCACCUGGAUUUACAUGGUAAAGAGGAUCAGAGGUCCACCCGUACCGAACCCAGCAAAAUCCUUCCUGCAGGAUGUAAAUUUCCAGAGCUGGCUGAGCCCUCACUUCACCAACGAAUUUCAGUCCUUCUUGAAACCAGUGGAAUUCGUCUCAGUUGAGUUAACCUGCAAUGUGGAUGGUGUUGCACCCUACGGACCAGAGAUGGCACUGCAAGAGAAGAUGAAAAGCAAAAGCAGCCACGAUUCAACCAAUCCCAGCUUCUCCAACCCCAGUUACACCGACGUGGAUCCUCCUCCUCCCAUCACCUCACUCACUGCAGGGAAUCUGGAGCCCUGCCCUGCUGAUACACCUUAUGGGCCUGUUGGUAGUCAAGGUGAAGCUAAAACCACAGAACAGGAUAGGAAUGUAGAAGGAAGAGGGAAAGAAAUGGAGAUCCUGCAGUUGCUUUCCAAAGGCAGCAGCAACAGGGAGAUGAUGCAAGUCAUUUUAGACUAUAAUAAGGUUGAGAAGCUCCAGGUUGAACACGGCAAGCUCCAGAGUCUAGAUUCAGGUGUGUGCAGCAGGGAAGAGGUCAGUCAAGAGAGCCUGGAGGCAGAUAGCAUCAAUGUGACUGAUAGUCAUGAUGAGGAGCCACAAGGCAAGGAGGAGAGGGAAAAAGAGAAUGGAAAAGAUGUAGAUUUUCGGAAGUUAUUUGGUAACAUCAGCGGUGGAGGUAUUUUUAGCAAAGGGUCCAUCCAGAUUUGUUCCGAUUAUGAACGAGUCCAGAAGCUGCAGACUGACAGCAAUGAGCUUCUUAGCCUGGAUUCAGGCGUUAGCAGCGGGGGUGAGGAGCAGGUGAGUCAAGAGGAGAGCUCGGAGGACAUUGACAAGUCCACUGAAUCUACAAGCUUCCUGUUUCCUCCUUCACUCUCUAGUGCUUUACCCUGCUCCCUGCCCUUUCUUGCACCACUGCCUUUCAGCUUCUCUGGGCCAGGUUUGAGUCCAGCUCAGCAACCAUGUCACAUGCUGGGGAGGAUUGCUCAAAUGUCAACGUCCAGGUCAGUGGAGCCCUCUGGAGAUGGAUAUAUGCCAGUGACACAGGAACAGAACUAAAAACAGACAGAAAUCUAAUUAAAGCUGCAAGCAGCUUUGAACGGGCCCUUUUUAGAAACGUAAAGACUUUUAACCCACAUGACCUUGUCAAAGUUUGAUUGAAAUGUAUACUGUCAAG